AUGGGUGGCCUGCUUUCGGGUCGCAAGCAUUUGUCCAGCUGCGUUUGGCAGCCGCCACCGCCUUCGGUGGAUCCGGGUGAGGAGGGCAGGAAAGGGUGGGGCUUUUUCACACCCCACUUAGUGCCACCACCAGCAUCUUGCCGCUGCGGCGUCCUUCUCGCCGAUGCGUCAGCUGAUUGUCUUGCUGGCGGCGACUUGCACUCUUGUGGGCAAAUCUCGAAGUGCCAAUCCUACACCCCACUUCCUCCUCUCUCCCCCUAUCUCCCCCGUCCUAACUACUCCUUGGCCAGCGGGGACAUGGCGAUGGCAGCGCGGAUGUUAUCGACCGCGCGCGCACGCGCGCAUCUCACGCUUCGUCGUCUUCGUCGUCGUCAUCUUCGUUGUUGUUCCGUGAAUUCAACCGGCGGCAAUCACGCGCACCUGCCGUGCUUGACUGAUUUUCAUAUGGCCACGGAAGAUGCAAAGGUGUUGACGUCGGCAGUUACUGAUGCGAAUAUUUUUGCUGUCAAAAAACGAUGUAAUCGCGGUUUCGGUGGGCAUCCUCGACGUCGGGUGGCUGCUGCUGCCAGGAAUCGCGAGCGGCAGGCUCCCAUUGAGGAGUGCCAUCUUAAGUCACGAGCUGGUUUUCAACUACCUUUGUUGGACGGCGUUUCUCAGGUCACUUUCCAAUAUUAUCUCGGUGAACACCAAUCGCAAAUAUUCUAUGGAGGCUUAACAAUUAGACACCCAAGUACUAGCAAUGUUAAUGUGGAGUUAGGUCAACCAAUUCCCAUUGAUUUACGCGAGAAUUAUCACGAGGAGGGUCUCUCUCCAGUGCCCUGUUUGGCUGUACCCACCCACAUUUUUCGGCGAUUUCGAGUUUACCGGAUUACCUCGUCAGCAUCUUGUGAUCUCAAGAAACUUGCGACUGGCCUCUCCACUGAUGUUCCAUCGCCAGAUGAAAGUGAUGCAAGCUACCCUCCGACUGGAGAAAAAUCGUCCCUUUUACUCCCCUCAACGACACCGAAAAGUGGAUUAUCUCUGAUUAGUCUUCGCGUCUACUAUCCUGUACAGUAUAUGCAAUCCGCCAACGAGUUACAUCCCAUCCCCGGAAGCCGCAAGCGGGUCCACUUCCCUCCACCAACUGAACUUGGCUCAGUCCAACUUGGCGCGGUUUCAAUUGCACUCCGCGCCACCGCAUUCCCUUCACUCUCGGUGUGUACCACGUGGAUGUCUUGUACGCACAUGCGCGUCAACCUGGGUUUCUCCGCUCCACACGCAAACCUGAAGAGAAAGGAAGCAAAGAAGGAACUCUACUCCUCGUGCGAGCCUGUAACCACUGCGGCGCGCCUGUGGCGUAGUGUCGAAACGCUACGCUUUCCUAAUGGACUUUCAGUUGCUGUAAUGCCGAUCCCGGAGGCGCACUGCCUCCUCUACCGCGGCAAAGGUCUUGUAUACGGAGUGGCAAAGUACGGUGAAAGAGAGGCACAAGUGCAACUCGCUGAUUUGCAGCUGCGUACCCACGCCUAUGAUGGAUGUCAGCGCAGCAGUGACGAUGCCAGGCUGCGCAGACCUCAAUAUGACGAAGUGGUUGCCUACCAAAGCCUUCUCACGAUGCCGGUGAGUGAGUUCGCCAGUCGUGUUCUCAAGGGCGUCGCGGGAUCUGUAAGACUCACAGACUGUUCUUCCGAGCUCCCUACGGCAUUUUACUCCAAACUCGCCAAAUUGGAGGACUGUGAAUCCAGAACAGUCAGUGUAUACAACCGAUUCAUUUCAAUGAAGCGGAUGCUUUUGGAUGGCUACAAGUCUCCAAUCUGUCCUGGCAUAGGAUGGCGCGUGGCUAUACCCCAAUUGGCCACCGAAAAGGGAGAAGUUGGUACAGACCUCGACUCACCAAGUUGGGACCAGUGGACUGGUUUGGAGAAUGUUAUUGCAGCACCCUCAUGGAUUAUCUCGAAAAUUUUAAACGGAGAGGCGAAAUCAAACACUAGAAUGGUUUUCGUUCGGCGUCAAUCUGAUGAUUGCGGAGAUGCCAUCUGCCCAUCUUUGAGGAAAUCCAUAUUCGGCCCGGCCAGAAUUCGUCGAACGCGCAUGAAGGGCACGAAUCGAUUGGUCAUGAAAGUCAAACAAUUGAUAUCAGCCACUCCCAGCACCAACUUUAUGAAUGAGGAGGUGAAGCACCGAAGUGCCCCAACACUAGACAGCAAUCACAGUACUAAUGCUACUUCCACGGGAAUCACAGAGACACUGAACUUCCGAUAUGUUUGGUCACGCGAUUACCGAUCGAACCCGGUUAGGAGUGGUGCACUAGGUCCCAUACUUUCAACCGACAUCGAAAACGGUCGUUCCAUCCUCUCCCCACUUCCAGAGAUGCUGGGAGACACCGCAAUCACUACGGCUCCUCCCUCCUCCAGUGUGACCAACGCGAGCACUGAUGAGGAGGAUACUCGCAGUAUUGGGGAGCGGUGGCAUCAGAACCAUCAACAACAGCAUCAACACCAGCGUCCCACUCGGUCGUGCCUCCCACCGCAGCGUCUUGAGGUUGUGGACAGGGAUCUCGAGAAAGCUCUUCAGCGAAGUUUAGCCGACGGUCGAAAUAAGCAUGCAGGCCACGCAAGGCAGGAGCUCUCUCCACCACAACCUGCCGCUACUGCAAAAGGGCGGUCACGCCGAAAACGUGGUACUAGUUCAUCGAAUCCCACUCCAGGGGAGCAGAGUACUCACAAACCCGUUGGAAAUGCUCAACAACAGCCGUUGCAAAAUGGGGUGAAGAGGACUAAGUCAGAGGCGAUACUACAGAUGUGCUUGAACGUAACUACAUUGAAACCAUUGGACUCAGCGACGACAGUAAGCACUGGUGGUACAUGGGCCCACAGGUUGCGCUCAAACUCCCCCUCGGCCACUUCCGAUUCAGCCGUUUCCAGCAGUCGACGAAAAUACGAAAAAAAUUCCAUAGUGAAGAAGACUUGUCAAAACGUGGGCUCUACAGCGAGAAGUGAAGAUUCCUCUUUUGUGGCAAGGAAUGAUGCGGAGCAUCAACAAGUUUUAAAUCCGCUGAAAAUGGUGGUGAAUAAAGGAGCAGAUGGGAAGAAGAUGCCAAGAGAAGAAGGAACUGUGAUACCAAAGUUAACCCUGGCAAUAGGGGAAAACGGUCGGGUGCGAGUGAAAUCACAGUACCGUCGUGUCUAUCAGAAACACCAGCCUGCUGCAGCAUUAACAACAGCAGAAGCCAAAUUAGCAGAGCCCGAUGAUCCCUAUGCCCUUCCAUCGUCACCUGUGAGCAACGCCCAAGAGACCUGCUGUCUCGUGUCUGCAUCAAAGAAAAGAAGACGUUCUCCUUCACCGGAUCCUCCUGUUCUACUGCCUGAAGAAGAGAUAGACCAUGUGAACAGCGGCGAAGAAAACGGAGUUGGACUGACACUAGGUAAGGAUUUUCAAGAGUGUAGCAAAAGGACUACGAUACUUGGUCAGCCAACACUUCAGCUAAAUCCGGCUACUUCGAACCAUCCGGAUUUGGGAGUCGAGGUGCCACAGCCACAAUCACCACUUCCAACCAUAGACACAACAGCGACUCUUUUUGGUGUCCACGACCAACAUUCGACUCUCCCGCCUUUUACCACAUCUGUGAUUGCCUGCUCAGUCGGAGCACCGGCCUUGACCAUGGGUCUACCGUCUUCGUUGCAGCAAGUCACAAGCAUAGGUAGCCAUUCUUCGUUUGCUUCAACUCAACUCCUUCCUCAACCCAACGUCAUGUCUUCCUCCUCACUCCAAACAUCUGACGCCACAUCCAAUUUAGUUGGCAGCUAUGGCAACAGUUCCCUUAUGAAACCAAACUCUGCAACACACACCGUCUCUUCCCAUCCCAAUGACUCCUUUUGGAAUGAUUGUUCGCUUGGCCGUAGACCAGCGACAAUGUGGACACCUCGGAACGAGCCAUUGCCACCUCCGGAUCCUCCUCUACUCACACAUGUACAAGCGGUGCCCAGUAGUGGAAAUAGUGGUGGUGCUGGAAUCUGUUUCUUCAGUCCUUCCACCUCAGCAGCUGCAUCGGCCACAGGAGGAGUAGCAGCGCCGUCCUUCCAAUCAACUCUCUUGCCAGGAAUCGUACCACUUCAGCAACAUCAUGUGCCUACCACCACCACCACAACCACCCCUGACGGCACAACAACAGCAACAGCCGCACCAAUCCACCAACAGGCUCUCCUCAGUGCCACAACCACGGGCUAUCCCUUGUUGACCUCGGAUGCUGCUGCUGCACUAGCCAUGGCUGCUGUUGCCUACUUCAGUCCCUCCGUCAGUUCCAUCCACACCGCAUUGCACCAGCCUUCUACUCCUGGCUCCUCCACCAACAGCCCCAUCUCCAAUCAGCCCCCGGUGACUGCUACCAUAUGGAAUAACAACCUUAGGAGUGGUUUUCUGUAA